AGUUGCAUUGUUGUUGACUUUCUUAUUUGGCACGGGUUUUAAGUGAAAAAUAUUCUGAUUAAAUUUUUGAAUGAGUAAACAUACUCAUCUCAGAAUCAACAAAAUAAUGUGUGACAACACAUUACGUAUGUGGGUAUGUGCGGAAAUCAUAGUUGAUGCGAUUUGUUUACAUGUUGAAAUGAUAUAAAUUCACUUUAUGCUCUCUCGCUUACCAGUACAAUUAAACACGUAUGAGCGCAAACAUCACCAAGUAAAUAUAAUUAGUGAGUGCGAUAUUAAUUAAUUAGGACAGUGUAGCUGAUAUUGGUCACGUAAAGCUAUCUAGACCUUUGACUCCAGGAGCUUUAUUGAAUUGAUUAUUUUAGUGUCUUAAUCAUGUCCUUAACAAAGAACUUAUCGACUUGUGGCAAAUGUGUUGUAAAUAGAGUACCACAUAGAAAUAUUGUUUCAAAAAGGAAAUACAGUUCUGGUUCCUCGAAUAUAGAAUCCGUCAAGAUGCAAGCCAAAAAUAUUGUUCUAAAUCAAUGGAGACUCAUCAAUGAAUUAAAAAAGUAUUUUUCAAAAUUUACCAAUGAUAAAACAUUUGAGACUGCACUAAACAAAGAAUUUGCACAGUUUCUGCAAAAAAUUGAUUCUAAAACGUAUGGGAAGGGUCUUGUGAAAUAUUUUACAUCACAGUCAACAGACAUAGUAAAAAAUACACCAAUGCAUGAAACUAAAGUAGAAAAAGAUGUAAAACAGGAGCAAAGUAUACCAAGUCGUCUAUCUUUACCUAUACAAAAUGUUCUAAGUGGCUUAAGUAUAAAUAUUAAGAGUAAGGAAGAUGAAAAGAAAGAAAUUAUACCCAGAUGGAAAACUGUAACAAAACCCAUUGUAUCACAGGAAGCAAUAGGAGCCAGAACUAGUCAAAUUUUAGUAUCGAUCAGUUUAGCUGAUAAUGAAACUAUGAAAAUUCGAAGAAUUGAAGAUUUAAUAUCUCAUUUAGAACAAUAUCCAGAAGCCAAGCAUAACGCUGUAAAGGAAGGUGGAAUCCGUUCCCUUUUGAAGAUAAGGGAUACUACAAAAAAUCCUCAGCUUUUAAGUAGUUUGAAUGUAGCAAUUACACUCUUAGGUUACACAGAUCCAGUACCUGGUGUUGGUAUAAGGAUCCUCUCUAUAGAUGGAGGAGGUGUUAGAGGCAUACUAGUAAUAGAAAUGCUCAGAAAACUCGAAGAACUAUCUGGGAAGCCGAUCUAUGAAAUGUUUGAUUUUAUUUGUGGCGUCAGUACAGGGGCCAUCAUAGCUACCUUGUCAGGACUGAAGCAAAAAAGUUUAGAUGAAAUAUCAGAAAUUUACAAAAGCAUUAGCACUCAAAUUUUUAACCAGUCUGCUUUCUUUGGUACCAGUAAUUUAGUUUGGAGUCACUCAUAUUAUGAUACACCACUAUGGGAAAAGUUAUUGCAGGAACAAUGGCAAGAUAUGUUACUGAUUGAGACCAGACGCAACUUGAAAGUUCCAAAGUUUUGUGCUGUAUCUGCCGUGGUCAAUCAAUCCAGGUUAUCAGCUUACAUAUUCAGAAACUAUUCUUUGCCAUGUAAGGUUCAGUCUCAGUACAAAGGAGGUUACAAUCAUCAAGUAUGGGAAGCGGUUCGUGCAUCCGCAGCUGCUCCCACUUAUUUCGAAGAAUUUAAAAUUGGAAAUAUGCUACAUCAGGAUGGUGGUAUUCUAGUCAAUAACCCAACAGCUGUGGCUAUACAUGAGGCCAAGCUUUUAUGGCCUAACACUCCCAUCCAAUGCGUUCUAUCUUUUGGCACAGGUAGAACUGUCCCAAAUCCAGUUUUAAGCUGUUAUCAGGACAAAGAUGCCACAAUUACCAAUUCAUCUUGGAAAAAGAAAUUUUUCGCCAUCAUUGAUAGUGCAACAGAUACAGAAGGAGUGCACACAAUGCUAUCAGACCUUCUACCUACCAAUGUUUAUUACCGGUUUAACCCAUAUCUGACAGAGAUGCUGGACAUUGCCGAAAUCGAUCCAAACAAGUUAGAACAGUUAAAGAGAGACGCUCUGAUGUACCUCAGACGCAACGAAGAUAAAUUUCACGAUGCUGCUAAAGCUUUAAAUCAGAAAAAAAGUGUUACUCAGAAAACCAUGGAUUGGCUUAGCUUGAGAAAAGAAAUGCAUGGUAUUAACAUGUUUUAAGAUAUUAUAAGUGAACCAAAAUAUUUAUUUUAUUCUAGUUGACUAAACAAACUGUGAUUUUUAAGUAUUAAAUAUCAUAUCCGUUUUUAUAACAAUCUGUAAAUAAAUAAUCAAACACGGAA